AUGUCAUACAGAAAACCAUCUAUCUUUCCAAUCUUUCGUCUGCAUAUAGCAAAGAAUUUAUCUCGCUACAUUGACGAUCUGAGUUUGAGCUCACAACAGUUUAUAACAAUUUUGUCGUAUCAGGGAAAACCAGAGUCGACGUUCGAACCCGCUUCGGGCUGGCUCCGCCAAGUCCUGAAGUGGAUCUUCGCUAGGGUCUCACGACGAUGCGGCACUCUGGCCAUGGAGGAUGAUAAAAUCCAAUUCAUGCGGUGGCUAGCAAUACUGACAAUGUUGGUGUUGGUCAUGACCGGUUCCACAAGAGCAAUCUGUCCAGCUGCGUGCCGAUGCGAGAACGACAUCUUGAAAACCUCCUGUGUAUCAACGUCUCUCGAGAUAGUCCCUAUCCAACUCAAUCCCGAGCUGCACGAGCUGGACCUCUCCAACAACAAAAUAGUCCACAUACAUUUCUCGUUCGUUUUCUACGAGAAACUUGUAACUUUGAACUUGUCCCACAAUAGGAUAAAGACCUUGGGGAAUGCCAAUUUCAACUCCCAAACCAACCUGACCCGAUUGGACUUGAGUAGCAACCAGAUAGAUAAUCUAGCCAAAGAUUCUUUGAAAGGAUUGAAAGCGUUAACCCACUUAGACCUGAGUAAUAAUAGUUUAGAGGAAAUCAACUCGGUAGCUUUCAGAGAAUUACAUUCAUUAACAGUGCUUAGAGUUUGUGCAAACAAGCUUGUCCACUUAGAGGAAAGCUUAUUUCGAACUAGUAAGAACUUAAGAGAGUUGCAUUUGAAUGAUAAUCAAUUCCUAGAAAUGCCCACCGAUGCUCUAGCUGAUACCGUACAUUUAAGGUACCUAUCGUUAUCUCGUAAUCUACUCUUAUCUGUUGAAGAUGGUGAUAUGCCUAACCUAUCCGAACUUCGUAUCCUACUGUUGGAUAGUAACGUCAUAUCUGACAUUCAUCCAGACGGAUUAUCUACACUGAUAGCUCUAGAUCACCUGGAUUUAAGCGAUAACAACAUAACAGCUAUGCCGACUUUGCCGUUGGCCAAACUCUCGAACCUAACCACUUUGAGGUUGAGUGGAAACUUUAUCAACCAUAUUCCACCAGUAGCUUUCAAAGGUCUGUUCCACCUAAAAGUACUCAAGAUCGACCGCUUGGAGACCCUUAAACAAAUCGACACCAGAGCUUUUGUAGACAAUAUCAAUCUAGAAAAAGUCCAUAUGGACUACAAUAUAGGAAUAGAGAAACUUCCCACAAGAUUAUUCCAUGGUAACCCUAAAAUAAAAUAUAUAUCAGUACGAUACAACAACCUUCAAACUUUAGAGGCGAUUCAUUUUCCUUUGGAUCAGUUACACGAGUUAAGAGUGGGAGGCAACCCCUUGAUCUGUAACUGUUCCCUAGGUUGGCUCUGGCAACUUAUUCAAGAAUACAAAAUCAAGACGUUGAGAAUGAACGGGACUAUACACGGAGAUUUGAAAAAAGUGAAAACUUCUGAACUAACUUUGGAUAUGGCCGAUAUUGAUUGUGUCGGUCCAGAAGAUCUAAACGGGGAACUGUUGGUGGAUGCCACAAAAAAUCAAAUGGACUGUUCUGUGGGAUGGAUGGCGGCUGUGUCGGUGACAGUUACUGUUAUUUUUAUCCUUGUAGUUAUUAGCGGAGUAGUAUGCUGGGCUCCAAAGAGGAGAUCGAGGUCUAAUAAGAAGGAUCUUGAAGGUGACAACUCUCUGCGAAGGGCUAUACCUCCACAGACUCAGUCGAGGAAAAACGAGCCUUACGACCCCGGGCAAGUGGAGAAGUAUAUUAUACCAUCUCCUAUAAUGAUACAUAAUGAUUACCGUUCUUUGCCGUCUUGGGAUCCAUAUGGAGCUAGUUCUGUGAAUAUAUACGAGCAGCUGAAUGAGAACAGGGACAGGCCUCACAUCGUGUAUGUUUAAACUAUUCAGAGUUAUGUAAAAUAGUAUUUUCGAGGGUUCUUCCUAAUAUUUCGGGUACAGAAUUAUUCCGGGGUCCGGGGCCCGUUAUGUAUAUGUUUAUAUUUUGUAAAAAUAUUUAUAUAACAUGAAAUUUUAACAAAUACGUUAAGGAAAGAAAUAUACGUUCUCGUGUAGCUCAAGUUCCGUAAUAACACACGAUACAGAUGAGAAGACUGAUUCGUUUUAAUGUAUCUGUUUUGCUACAUAAAAUGUGUCAAAUAGCUUUAAAAUUUAACAGAAUUACAAAUUUUACGGCCUUCCACUUAAAGUCACUCACUUCAAAUACAUUACAUCGAAUAGCCAACUUUAAAACGCGACAGUACAAUUUUUCAUACAAGAAAUGUUGCAGAAAAAAGUUAUUUCAGUUUAUAAAGUCACUUCGUGUUAUUUUAAUAAAAUCUUGUAAUUUAAAACUGUUCCAAGACCUUUAUGCAGCGUUUUAUUUAUGAAUCAAUUAAGUCAUUUUAGACUCGAAAUGUAGGGCACAAUUGUGUCCAAUACAGCACAUUUCAGUUCUCCAGAUCAAAGCUUAAUAAAACUUUUAUGUUGAGAAAUAAGAAAGCUUCGGGAACUUUUUAUCACUAAAAUUGCUAACCACUUUGGUACUCAUCAAAGUACACCAAAUUUUAUUAAAAAAUGUUUGCCAAUACAAAUGCAGAAAUUUAAAAAAUAAAAUCCGCCGUUCUUUAUUUUUGUAUGAAUUAUUUAAUUCUUCUGCCCAAGAUAUAUCAAAUAUAGAUUGAGUGUUUUUUUUAAUUUUUAUUAUUUUUUUAACUAAAUUUGAUAAAUUCACUUAAAGAAAGAUCUUCAGAUUCCAUGUUUGAUGAUGCUCAGUUCAACAUACUCUUGAGCAUUCCGAAAUAUUCAUAAUCCUCAUCAGUUUCUUCUAAAAAUAGAAAUGGUUAUUAAUAUAAUUUCAUAUUAUUUUUUUAAAUAUAAUAAUAUAUUUAAAUUGGCAAUGAAAUAUUAAAAAAAAAAUAAAGAUCGAAUUUCUCGAAAACGAAGCGUGACGUAAAAUCUGCCAUCAACAUUUGGUCAAGCAAUUUAGUUACACCCUGUAUGUGGGAUAGACAUAAAGAAGAGAUGAUGAUGACUUGCAGGGAAAUAAAAACUGUUUUCUUAUUACAUACCUACAUAAAAACCGUUUUAUUAGUAGGGCUGUCAGAACUGAGCCGCGGGACAUUGGCGUAGGCAUUAUUUAUUAAAAAGCAACAAAUUAAAUUGUCUACAAUACACAGCCAUAAACACCAAGGGACAGGAAUUAAUUAUGCAACAUCCGCGGGAUAACAAAGCAACAGUAUACUAACGUGAAAGCAUUCUGAGGCAGCGGCUCACGCAUUUCUCUGCCAUGGAACUGCGGCUCUCUCUGAUAGCCUUAUUUAUUAGGCUUUUAUCUGGUGAAUUUCGACAUCAACAUGGCUAAAAUUCAAUGAUUAAUAAAAAAAAUACAAGGUCUUGUUCUUAAUGACAAAUACAGAACAUAACAUAAACUAGUUUUUUGUCAAAUUUGACAUUGUAUUCCCUCAAGGUUAAACAGGGUAAUUUCUUCCAAUUUAGUACCUAGUUAAUCUUUUAACGUAUAGUUUAAAAUGUUGAAUUUUUCUUUAAGCUUAGUACGUUUUUAAAUUAUCUGUCUUAGCGUAGUUUCAUUUUGUACCUGCUGAAUUUUCUGCAACACUUUUUAGUUUGGCUGUUCAAGUUUAAAUAAAACCUUAGUGGUUAUUUUUUAGUUUAUUGUUUCGUAGAAAAAAUUAGGAAAUUAAUAAAAAGUGCAAAGGUAAAGGGGUUAAAGUAAAGGAAUAACCAAAGCAAUAAAAUCUGUCCACCUGACAAUUUUAACUUGCAAAAUUAAAAACGGUUAGCAGUUUAUUUGAACUUACCCAACAUAAUAGGUAUACUUAUUAUUAUGGAAAUUGUCAAUGUGCUAAAUAAAAUUACAGAUACAGGACCAUAUACAUGUAUAACUAUUACCGAUACUGAAAAUAAUAUUUUACAUUCGUAAAGUAUUGUAUUUUGUUAUAGAUUUAAAUAAAAUCAAAACAUUUUCAUUGUGGUUUUCAUAUAUGAUACUACAUGUUCUU